AUGAGUAUGACUGAUUUACCUCAAAGGCUUCUCAAGCUACAUGGCUUCAUACUUGUGGCCCUGGUGUAUUGCGUGGUAGUUGUGAGGCCGCUUCGACCUGGACUUCCAAGGCUGCUCGCAAGCGUGCCCGCAUUUCUGGUGUUCAGCCUUUGCCCGCUGCUAGUCAAAGAUAGCGCACUUCUUUCAAGUGCCGUGGCCCUGACUACCACAUGGGUGGCCAACUUCAAGCUGUUGUCGUACUCGGGUGGCCGCGGCGCGUUAUCACAUCCUGGGAUCCGCAGCGGCCUGCAAUGGGGGGCCCUUUUGCUGCUGCCCUUCUUCCCUGCCAAAAGCGGCCGCACUCCCGCCUCAACCUCCAGUCGUGGACUGCUCCUGGGCCUCCUGCUCAAGCUGGGCGUGUACCUGGGCCUCACUGCGGUGCUGGUGGGUGUGGAGCUGUCAGCCCUGGCACGUCACCUGAUAUACGCUGUCCACUUUUGGAUGUUUGUAAGCCUGUGCCUGGACGCCGCGAUGCCGCUAGGCAGCCAGCUCCUGCCGGGAAUACCGCUGCAGCCCGCCAUGGAUGCGCCGUACAUCGCCACCUCCGUACGGGAGUUCUGGGGCCGUCGCUACAACCAGAUCGUGUCGGCGACGCUGCUGGAGACCGUUUACAAGCCGAUUGUGGAGGGGCGGUUUGCCUGUGGUGGCAGGCUGGAGGGCAGUUUCCGCAUGCUUGGUUUCUUCCUGCUCCAGCCGGUCAUUAUCUUGGCUCAGGACGGGGCGAGUACGGCAAUGGCCAAGUGGGUUCCGGAGCAGCUGUCCGGCAGUCUGGCCGCCAGGGCGCUGCAGACGGGCGUGACGCUGGCGCUGGUGCUGGGCAGCGCGGAGUGGUUCUGGGCCCCUGUGGAGUCUUGUGGUGCGGACAAGCGAGCCCUGGCAGAAGUGGAUAGCGCUAUGAGGUGGUUGCUGGCACGAACACGGUCGCCGGAACUUCUGGCGCGGUGA